AUGGAGCUGCUGGUGGCCAUCUCCUCCCUGGCCGCGCUUGUGGUGGCGCUGGGACAGCUUCGAAGCCCCGUGGGGUUCCUGGGACGGCUCGGUGGGGGCUCCCCACAACCUUUCAAAGAGGAAGGGGACCGGCGCGUGACGUGGGAGAGGAACCUGCGACGCGUGACGCUGCACAAUCUGGAGCACUCCCUGGGGCUGCACUCCUACGAGCUGGGCAUGAACCACCUGGGAGACAUGACCAGCGAGGAGGUGGCAGCUUUGUUAACUGGGCUGAACGUUGCCCCUCGGCCAAACCACACCUCCACGUACCGACCGCAGCCUGGCAGCAGGGUCCCGGACACGGUGGACUGGAGGGAGAAAGGAUGCGUCACCGACGUGAAGAACCAGGGCGCCUGCGGGUCGUGCUGGGCGUUCAGUGCCGUGGGAGCCCUCGAAGCCCAGGUGAAGCUGAAGACGGGGAAGCUGGUGUCCCUGAGCACCCAGAACCUCGUCGACUGCUCCAUGAUGUACGGGAACAAAGGCUGUAGCGGAGGCUUCAUGACCAACGCUUUCCAGUACAUCAUCGACAACCAAGGGAUUGACUCGGAUGAGUCCUACCCCUACACGGCUCAGAACGGGACGUGUCAGUACAACGCUUCCACAAGAGCUGCCACUUGCUCCAAGUACGUCGAGCUCCCGUACGCCGAUGAAGCAGCCCUGAAAGACGCUGUAGCCAACAUCGGACCAGUUUCUGUCGCCAUCGACGCCACCCAGCCCACCUUCUUCUUGUACAGGUCAGGUGUCUACGACGACCCGCGGUGCACACAGAACAUCAACCACGGAGUGCUUGUCGUCGGCUACGGCACCCUGAACGAUAAGGAUUACUGGCUCGUGAAGAACAGCUGGGGCGUGCGUUUUGGCGACGAGGGCUACAUCCGCAUGGUACGAAACCACGCGAACCACUGCGGGAUUGCCAGCUACCCCUCCUACCCGCUGAUCUAGACGGAGCCCGUGCUGCAGCGAGGACGCCGAGGCUUCCGUUGAACCCCUGAUGCUACGCUUGCAUGGAUCCACUGCCUCCAAGAAUCAUUUUCUGGCUCUGUGGGCAAAGUCCCUCUGUCAGACCAGCCCACCUGACGGGCUGGGAGGGAGCCCUCUGCGUGGGAAGAUUUCGGAAUGUGAUUUACAGGCGCUUAGUGACUCCUUUUUGGGGGGGGGGAAAGGGGUUUGGUUUUUUUUCAGAGCAAAAUUGCGAUGCCUACAGUUACGAUGGAGAUGACGCUCCCCUCUCUCCAGUUGAGCAUCGCUACGAUGACACGGGCACCAUUUCAGCGCCGUGUGAUGUUGAUGAAACUGCAGUGUUCCUUUGGAAAAUAAAAGAUCCGUUUCACU